GGAAACCGUUAUCAAUUUGGACAACAAGACAAUGCGCACCACAGAAAUCUCCAGAAGAAAGAAACUAUCUUCUUCUUCUAUAAUUUUCUCUAAUUAGUCUUUUCUGAUUACCUCUACCGAUGAAUUCUCUGCAAUUACACUGUUCCCUCUACUUCCUCCGUCCAAAACACCGUCUCCAUCGCUGCUCUAGUCUCUUUACUCCCCGCACGUGCCACCUUCCCGGGAAAAUCAGCUUCCAUGAAAAUCUUAAAACCAGAGCCAAGGCUAAUUCCUUUGCUUGCUUCUCCCAAUUCAAGACGGAGGAAUCAAAUCUCGGAAGCGAAGAAAGCUCAUCGGAGAAAGAGGAAACGGAACGGCCACCGUUCGAUAUCAAUCUCGCCGUCAUCCUCGCCGGUUUCGCUUUCGAAGCCUACGCUACACCUCCCGAAAAUAUCGGGAAACGGGAGGUUAAUGCAGCUGGGUGUACUACUCUCUACCUUUCUGAGUCAUUUGUAAGAGAAGUAUAUGAUGGACAAUUGUUUAUAAAACUCAAAAGAGGAUUUGAGUUUCCUGCUUUGGAUCCAUGGGGAACGAGUGAUCCCUACGUGGUGAUGGACUUGGAUGGUCAGGUUGCUAAAAGCAAAACCAAAUGGGGGCAAAUUCAUAGGUUCUUCUUACUCUUGAGGACAAAAGAGCCAAAAUGGAACCAAGACUUUGUUUUUAAUAUCAAGCUGCCUCCUGCAAUAAAGAUACUGAUUGCAGCUUGGGAUGCAAAUCUUGUUACCCCACAUAAGCGGAUGGGCAACUCAGAAAUCGACCUGGAAUGCAUUUGUGAUGGAAACUUGCACGAGGUGCUAGUGGAACUAGACGGUAUUGGAGGUGGUGGGAAAGUUCAACUUGAGAUUAGGUACAAAGGAUUUGAGGAGAUUGAAGAUGAAAAAAAGUGGUGGAAGCUCCCUUUUAUUUCAGAAUUCCUCAAAAGAAACGAAAUCGAGUCGGUUUUGAGAAAUCUUGUCGACUCUGACGCCGUGCCAGCUCGUCAGUUUGUAGAGUAUGCCUUUGGACAGCUUAAGUCACUCAAUGAUGAUACUCCCCUUAUGAACAUUCAACUUGGAAAUGGCUCUGAAGGUGACGAAAUCUCGAGCUCAGAGGAUUCAUUUGAUAAAGAAAGUGGAAGCAUAGCAUCAGAAAGUAGUAGUUUCUGGGAUAACUUCCCUGACACAGUUAGUCAAAACAUCGUACGACAAUUUGGUCUUCCUUCACCUGAGAAAAUGAAGUUGGACGGCAUGGAGAUACUAGAAAAAUUCGGUUUACAAUCGCGAAAAACCGCGGAAGCAGGUUACAUUGAAUCAGGGCUCGCCACUGCUGAUGAUACUAGAGAAGGUGAUGACAAUCAUGAAAAGGAAGAUGCUAACGCGGCCAAGUCUUCCCUUGCGGAGAUGAAGAACGCGACUCAAGAAUUGCUUAAGCGGGCUGAUAAUGUCUUUGGUGCAUUAAUGGUUGUAAAAGCAGUAGUGCCUCAACUAAGCAAAGACGGUCCUGGUACAGAGAAGGUCACAGAAAAUUACGGUGGUUCCAAGAGUGAAAAGCUCUCUGGUCUAGUGAAUGUUGAUGUAUCGGAGGAGAAGAACGCAGAGGAAAUGAAAACGCUCUUUUCUAGCGCAGAGAGCGCCAUGGAGGCAUGGGCAAUGCUUGCCACUGCAUUGGGGCAUCCAAGCUUUAUUAAAUCCGAAUUUGAAAAGUUGUGUUUUCUUGAAAACGACAUCACUGACACACAGGUGGCGAUUUGGCGUGACGCAAGGAGGAAAAGAGUAGUUAUAGCUUUCAGAGGCACUGAACAGACAAAGUGGAAAGAUUUGCAGACUGAUUUGAUGCUUGUUCCUGUUGGUCUGAAUCCUGAACGAAUUGGUGGGGAUUUCAAGGAAGAAGUACAGGUCCAUAGUGGAUUCUUGAGUGCAUACGAUUCAGUACGGAUAAGGAUAAUAUCGCUGCUCAAAAUGGCGAUUGGCUACAUAGACGAUGUUGCUGAUGGUGAAGAUAAAUGGCAUGUUUAUGUGACUGGACAUAGCUUGGGUGGUGCAUUAGCUACACUCUUGGCUAUUGAACUUGCGUCAAGCCAAUUAGCUAAACGUGGAGCAAUCACAGUCACCAUGUACAAUUUUGGUUCUCCAAGAGUAGGCAACAAAAAAUUUGCUGAAGUUUAUAAUCAGAAAGUAAAAGAUAGCUGGAGAGUUGUAAACCACAGAGACAUAAUCCCAACGGUCCCUCGCUUAAUGGGUUAUUGUCAUGUUGCUCAGCCUCUUUAUCUCGCUGCUGGAGAAGUGGAAAAUAUGGAGUUCUUGAAAGAUGGUUAUCAUGGUGAGGUGAUUGGGGAAGCGACACCUGAUAUUCUUGUUAGUAGAUUUGUAAGUCCUCUCCACACCUAAAUUUAGCAUGGUUUUUUCUAGGCCUGGGCAAAUUAACCGAACCAAAGCUUCGAACCGAAACCAAACCGAAUUUAGAUGAACUGAACCGAGUCAGAUAAUCAUAAAUACCUGAAUAAUUCUUUGUAUUUUCGAACUGUAACCAAACGAAAAAAAAAACGAAUGGGUAUCCGAUAUAUUUGAAAUUCAAUCAUAUACCAAAUCUAUCAGAUGAAAGGUGAGAAGGAACUCGUUGAGCAGAUACUUCAAACCGAAAUCAAAAUAUUCAACGCAAUUCGUGAUGGGAGUGCCCUUAUGCAGCACAUGGAGGAUUUCUAUUACAUCACACUCUUAGAGAGUGUGAAAUUGUAUUACAAAAAUGUUGAAGAUCCGGAAGCCGUUGAGAAGACUAGUAUCUGAUCACUGGGGAGCUAAGACCAGGAGAUCAUGUAGUGGCUUACCUAAGUGUAAAUGUUUGCAUUUGUUUUCUCAUUGGACCAAAGUGUAAAUAUUUUUGGAGCGGCCGGUGCAGUCCUGUAAAUGUAAACUUAGACAUGAUUUCGAAAGGGGACAAGAAAGGUCGAAGAUUAUCAAAAUAUUUGAAGUGUAUAGUGUCAAUCAGGGAUGUUCAAUCCGGAUAAGCUGAACCCAUCCACACCAAACCGAAAUAACU